CCCAGUGGCUCCACGUGCGAGACUUCGACCGGCUGCUGCGCGAAUCCCAGCGGGAGGUGCUGCGGCUGCAGAGGCAAAUCGCCCUCCGCAACCAGAGGGAGCCUCCCCCACCGCCCCGGCCCCCGGGCCCCGCAGCCUCGGCCAGAGGAGGGGCGCCCGCCCCCGGGGCCCCGGGAGAGGAAUCGGAGCUCAGCAAGAAGCGGAAGAAAUGUGAGAGCCUAGAGCUGGAAGCCCGGAAAAAGCAGAGGCGAUGUGAGGAGCUGGAACUGCAGCUGAGGGAAGCCCGGAAUGAGAAUGCCCGCCUUGUGGAGGAGAACUCUCGGCUCAGUGGGAGAGCCACGGAGAAGGAGCAGGUGGAGUGGGAGAAUGCGGAGUUGAGGGGGCAGCUCCUGGGGGUGACACAGGAGAGGGACUCGGCCCUUCUCAAGAGCCAGGGCCUGCAGAGCAAGCUGGAGAGCCUGGAGCAGGUGCUGAAGCACAUGCGGGAGGUGGCCCAGCGGCGGCAGCAGCUGGAGGUGGAGCAUGAGCAGGCUCGCCUCAGCCUGCAGGAGAAACAGGAGGAGGUCCGGAGGCUGCAGCAGGCCCAGGCAGAAGCCAAGAGGGAACAUGAAGGGGCUGUGCAGCUGCUGGAGUCUACCCUGGAUUCCAUGCAGGUCCGGGUUCGAGAGCUGGAGGAGCAGUGCCGUAGCCAGACUGAGCGCUUCAGCCUCCUGGCCCAGGAGCUCCAGGCCUUCCGCCUGCACCCGGGGCCCUUGGAUCUGCUCACUUCUGCCCUGGGCUGCAAUACUCUUGGGGACCGCCCGCCGCCCCCCUGCUGCUGCUCCACCCCCCAGCCCUGCCGGGGGUCCGGCCUCAAAGACUUUGACCUCCCGCCAGGCUCCCCAGGGCACUGCACCCCAAAGUCUUCCGAGUCUGCCCCUGCCACUCUUGCUGGGGUCCCCCGAAGGACGGCCAAGAAGGCAGAAUCUCUCUCCAACUCCUCUCGCUCCGAGUCCAUCCACAACAGCCCCAAGUCAUGCCCUACGCCCGAGGUGGACACAGCCAGUGAGGUGGAGGAGCUGGAGGCAGACGGAGUCUCCCUGCUCCCAGCAGCACUGCCCGAGGGCGGCGGGGGAGGAGCCAGGAUCCAGGUCUUCCUAGCUCGCUACAGCUACAACCCCUUCGAGGGCCCCAAUGAGAACCCAGAGGCAGAGCUUCCGCUUACCGCUGGCGAGUACAUCUAUAUCUAUGGUAACAUGGACGAGGAUGGCUUCUUCGAAGGGGAGCUCAUGGACGGCCGGAGGGGCCUGGUCCCUUCCAAUUUUGUAGAGCGUGUGUCGGACGACGACCUCCUGACCGCCCUCCCUCCAGAGCUGGCCGAUCUGUCCCACAGCUCAGGCCCCGAACUCAGUUUCCUGAGCGGCGGCGGGGGUGGCAGCAGCAGCAGCAGCGGUGGCGGGGACCAGAGCAGCGGGGGCCGCAGCCAGCCCAGACCAGAGGAAGAGGCUGCAGGGGACGAGCUCAGUCUGAGCCCCCCGCCCGAGGGCCUGGGGGAGCCCCCUGCGGUGCCUUACCCCCGCUGCCUGGCCAUCCUUAAGCAGCUGGCCCACAGCGUGGUGCUGGCCUGGGAGCCACCUCCUGAGCAUGUGGCGCUGCGAGGCUACCACGUCUGUGUGAAUGGGGAGCUGCGGCAGGCCCUGGGGCCCGAGGCGCCCCCCACGGCUGUGCUUGACAACCUGGACCCGCGGGCGGGGCCGUUCCGUGUCUCCGUGCAGGCCCUGACCAGUCGGGGCCGCUCAGACCCUCUGCGCUGUUGCUUGGUUUUGGGGGCCCGGGCCGGGGUGGUCCCUAGCCAGCUGCGAGUCCAUCGCCUGACAGCCACAUCUGCUGAGAUCACCUGGGUGCCCGGCAAUAGCAACUUGGCCCAUGCCAUCUACCUCAAUGGGGAAGAGUGUCCCUCUGCCCGCCCCAGCACCUACUGGGCCACCUUCUGCCACCUGCGGCCUGGUACACUCUAUCAGGUCCAAGUAGAGGCUCAGCUCCCACCUCGAGGGUCCUGGGAACCCGGCUGGGAGAGGCCGGAGCAGCGGACUGCCACCUUGCAGUUCACCACACUCCCAGCAGGCCCACCCGACGCCCCCCUGGAUGUGCAGAUUGAGCCGGGGCCCUCCCCGGGAAUCUUGAUCAUCAGCUGGCUCCCGGUAACAAUUGAUGCGGCUGGUACCUCCAAUGGCGUGCGGGUCACCGGCUAUGCCAUUUAUGCUGAUGGGCAGAAGGUCAUGGAGGUGGCCUCCCCCACAGCAGGCAGCGUGCUGGUGGAGUUGUCCCAGCUGCAGCUGCUGCAGGAGUGCCGCGAGGUGGCCGUGCGCACCAUGUCAGCCCACGGCGAGUCGGCCGACUCCAUCCCAGCUCCCAUCGCCCCGGCCCUGGCGAGGGCCUGCUUGCCAGCCCGGGUCUCCUGCCCCUCACCCAGGCCGGGCCCGGAGGCCAGACCACCUCUUGCUUCAGCCUCCCCGGGGCCUGCAGACCCCAGCUCUCCCCUCCGGUGCCCUGGUCCCCAUGGAACUCAAGACCCCCCUGGAGGCCCCCCAGCAAGCCCUUCCAGAGAGACACCAAAAGGAACCCAAGAGGAGCCCCCAGCAUCUGGCUCCCAGGAGGAAGCUGGGCCCGCUGUGCUGGGUGCCUCAGGCGACGGGCAAGCCGGCGAGCCAACCUUGGGAGAGCGAGUUCCUGGCCCUGCAGCCUCCUCCCUGGUCAAGGAGGAGGCUGAGCGGACCGCAGGAGAGGCCCGCCCGGCACCCGGCUGCACCCAGAAUUCAUUGGCCCAGAGGCUGCCCGGUGCUGAGGUCUGCCGUGGAGGAGACCCGGGGUCCGGGCUGAGGCCCAGGGCUGAGCGGGAGGACCCAGCAGAGCUCGGGGUGCGUCUGGGGAACUCCCUUGUGGACCACGGCCGUACCUCAGAUCUGUCAGACAUCCAGGAGGAAGAGGAGGAGGAAGAAGAGGAGCUAGGCGUCAGGACUUGCUCCUUCCAGAAGCAGGUUGCUGGCAACAAGUGCAGGGAGAAUGCAGCCAAGCCCCAGCCUGACCCCUUCUGUGAGGCUGACAGCGACGAGGAGAUCUUGGAGCAGAUCCUGGAGCUGCCCCUCCAGCAGUUCUGCGGCAAGAAGCUCUUCAGCAUCCCUGAGGAGGAGGAGGAGGAGGAGGACGAGGAGGAGGAGGCGGAGGACGAAGAGGACGAGGAGGACGAGGAGAAGGAGAGGCCAGGGGCAGGCUGUUCUCGAGACCCCGGCCCGCCGGAGCCUGCAUUGCUGGCACUGGGCUGUGACAGCAGUCGGCCCCGAGGAUCUGGCCUGUGUCCCUUGUCUCCGGAGCCCCCCAGGGCUGGGGACCGCCUGGAGGACCUGCCUGGACUAGCUGGUGGAAGCAACUGGAGAAAAGGAAGUGGGUCCCCUGAGAAGCCCGUGAACCGCAGGCGGUCCCCAGAUCCCCGUGAACAUUGCAGCCGACUUCUCAGCAAUGGCGGGUCCCAGGCCUCUGGACGACCAGGCCCAGCUCGGGAGAGGGGCGGCCCUCCUGUGGGCGAGGGCAGCAGGGCUGGACCAGAGGCAGGUGGGAGAGGGCGCUCGGCCCCUUCGAGGAGGUGCCCCCGUGGCCGGGCCCCGGAAUCAGGCCUGGCCAGCUGCUUCUCCCCCAAGUGCUUGGAAAUCAGCAUCGAAUAUGACUCUGAGGACGAGCAGGAGACGGGCGGCGGGGGCAUCAGCAGCACCAGCUCCUGCUACCUCGGAGAUGGGGAGGCCUGGGGCACAGCGCCCCUGGGAAGGCCCAGGGGGCCUCAGAAGGCCAAUUCAGGGCCCAACCCCUACCCACGCCUCCCAGCCUGGGAGAAAGGGGAGCCAGAGCGGAGAGGCCGCAGUGCAACAGGCAGAGCCAAGGAGUCACCCUCCCGGGCAGCAGAGAGCGGGGAGUCCAGAGGGCAGGACGGCUCUGGGCGGAGGGGCCCCCCAUGGAGUGGGGGCCGGGCCCCCAGACCAGGCUCCACAGAGCUGGCACCUCUGAGGAGCCCUCCAGAAGAAGCGCUGGCUUACCAGGACCUACCCGUCAGGCUCUUCGUGGCUCUGUUUGACUAUGACCCCGUGUCAAUGUCUCCCAACCCUGAUGCCGGGGAAGAGGAGCUGCCCUUCCAGGAGGGCCAGAUCCUCAAGGUGUUUGGGGACAAGGAUGCCGAUGGCUUCUAUCGGGGUGAAGGUGGCGGCCGGACGGGCUACAUCCCUUGCAACAUGGUGGCCGAGGUGGCUGUGGACAGUCCUGCAGGGAGACAGCAGCUGCUCCAGCGGGGUUACUUGUCCCCAGAUGCUCUCCUUGAGGGUUCAGGGAACGGUCCCUUUGUGUACACCACAGCCCGCACAGCUGGGCCUCCCCCCAAGCCCCGCCGCUCCAAGAAAGCCCCCCCCCAGCUGGUCUCCUCUGCCGGCCUGAAAGCUCCCCGCUCCAUGGUGGCUGCAUUUGACUACAACCCCCGGGAGAGCUCCCCCAACAUGGACGUGGAGGCAGAGCUGCCCUUCCGGGCGGGCGACGUCAUCACUGUGUUUGGGGACAUGGACGAUGAUGGUUUCUACUAUGGGGAACUGAAUGGACAGCAGGGCCUGGUUCCAUCCAACUUCCUGGAGGGCCCGGGGCCUGAGGCGGGCGGCUCAGACAGGGAGCCCGGAACACUCCAGGCCGAGGGUCAGGACGGGGUGGGCUCAACACAAGGGCCCCCGGCGGUGCCCCCAGGCUGGCCCUGUGCUCCUGGCCCUGGCCGCUUCCCCAGGAUUGAACUAGGGGUGCUACAGGGCCCGAGCAAGAAGAUGUGGGGUCUCCUCUCCAAGGGGAAGCAGCUCCUCAGGAAACUGGGCUCUGAGAAGAAGGAGUGAUGCUGCGGUCCUCCCCCGCCGACCCCCGGCAGGCAGAGGGGGCCCCAGGCCCUGGGUGCACUGUCCUGGCCGCAUGGGGCAGGCCCUGGAUGCUUGUCUCCCAAGUGAGCCCUGUGGCCCUUGGAUGGGAAUCGGACUCGGUGAAAGUUAUAGCUGGAUGAGCCCUUAAGGAUGGAUCCUCUGGACGCGCAUCUCCCUCUUACAGGAGGGGCACCUGAGCCCCAGCCCGAGGGAGGGCGUCGGCCCCUGCGGGGCUGAGCAUCUCUGACCCAGAGCCAGGCCUGGACGUGGGACUCGUGACUCCUGGUUCACCUACCUCCGCUGGCAUCCACCACGCUCUGCUAGUCCCUUCGUGGCCUCCACGCACCUGGCCCGGGGAUCCCGGGGAGAAAGGGACCUGCUCCCCUCGGACGGCACCGGCCAUCCCGAUCAUGUCUUCCCUCCCCGAAGGAAAGUUUGCACUGGAUUCUGCUGCGUCCCCCACCCCCGAGGGGGCCGGGGGCAGAGCCGUGUAUAUAUGUACAUACUCAGUGCCUCCGCCCAGCUUCCUCCAUCUCGCUCCCUCCGCAAGGCCCGGGAAGGAGAAAGGCCAUGCCAAAGCGGGCCUGACCCCGCCCCAUAGUGCUCCCCCCACCUGCCAGGCGCCCCCCUGGCCUGAGACCCGAGACCCCGGGGGGGCCAGCGGGCAGACAGCAGGAGUUGGGUUUGCCUUAUUUUGCUCAUCGAUUCAACUUCUCUUUUGCAUCGUUUUCCCUUAGACCAGGGGCUGGGGAAGAGGACAGAUUUAUGCAGCUAUUUUCAUACAUUCCCUGUUCAGAGCGGGGUGGGGGGGCUUCUCCCCCGCCCCCCGCUUCCCCUCGCCCCUCCACCACCCCCCCUCAGGCUGGGUGAGUGUCUCUGCAUGUUUCGUUGGCUGUGGUGGGAGAUUGUUUGACGGAAGCCUGCACCCCACCUUGAUCUCCAGGCGUGUGGAAUGGUGGGGGCAUUUGUUUAAAAAGACAUUUUAUUAUAAUAAAGUCUAUUUUCACAAAACCCA